AUGUGUGAACAUGUCGAAGAAGAUCAAUUUAAUGAGUUUAAUGAAACUGAAACAAGCUUAAAAAUGGAUAAAGAACAACCAUUAUUGCAUUGUCAGCUUUCUAUAGAUAUACAUAAAUUACAUAUUUCAAAUAAUGAAAUAAAAGAUAGUGAACAUGAGAAUGAUAAUUUAGAGGAUGAUGAUUUUAUUUGGGAUGAAGAUCAAAGAAUUAGUUCAAAUAAUAUUGUUAAAAAUAUUAAAAUACAAAAUAUCAAUGCACAGAAUACUUCUAAUAAGAUUAAUAAUUAUCAACCUUCAGACAAAUUAUUUCGUCGCUAUGCUAAUAAAAUUAAUAUUGAAAAAUAUGAAGGUCCUGCUUUACCAGGAUAUGCAGCAAAUCUUCUUAUUGAAAAUAAUAAACGAGUGGAAAAAGAUAGGUUUAGAACAAAAGAUAAACAUGACCGUGCUACUGUUGAACAAGUUUUAGAUCCACGUACCAGAAUGAUAUUGUUUAAAUUUUUAAAUCAGGGUAUAAUUGCAGAAAUUAAUGGAUGUAUCUCCACUGGAAAAGAAGCUAAUGUAUAUCAUGCAAUAUCAAAAACUGGAAUAGAAUUUGCAAUAAAAAUAUAUAAGACAUCAAUUUUGCAAUUUAAAGAUAGAGACAAAUAUGUUACUGGAGAAUUUCGUUUUCGUCAUGGAUAUUGCCGUCACAAUCCACGUAAGAUGGUACGAACAUGGGCUGAGAAAGAAUUUAGAAAUUUAGUACGUCUUCAACAAGGAGAAGUAAAUGCUCCAAAACCAAUUCUACUACGCAGUCAUGUACUAUUAAUGGAUUUCAUAGGUACUAAUGGUUGGCCAUCACCAAAAUUAAAAGAUAUUGUUCUUACUGCUUCUAAACCAAGAAAAUUGUACAGAGAAUGUAUUGAAACAAUGUGGAAAUUAUAUAAUAAAUGUAAACUUGUUCAUGCGGAUUUAAGUGAGUAUAAUAUGUUAUAUCAUGAUGGAUCUAUUAUAAUAAUAGAUGUAUCUCAAGCUGUUGAACAUGAUCAUCCUAUGGCACUUGAGUUCCUUAGAAAAGAUUGCAUAAAUAUUACUGAAUUUUUUAAAAAGAAUGAAGUUGGUGUUAUGACUGUUAAAGCAUUAUUUGACUUUAUAACAGACCCAACAAUAACUGAAGAGAAUAUGGAUAUGUAUUUAGAUACAAUAUCAGAGCAAAUGACACAACAGGAUGAACAAAAUAUUGAUUCUAAACAACAAAUAGAAGAACAAGUAUUUAAACAAGCUUAUAUUCCGCAAAAUUUAAGCCAGGUGAUUGAUAUUGAACGUGAUAUUAAACUUGCUAAAUCUGGGAAAGAGGAUUUGAUAUAUAAGACUCUUAUUGGUUUAAAAUCAGAUCUAUCCAAGCCUAUUGAGACUCCUGAAAUUCUUAACAAAGAUUGUAAACAAACAAAUGAUAUAGAAGAAGAUGAUGACUCAUCUGAAAAAAUCAUUGAUUCUGAAGAUGAAGAUAGUGAAGGAGACAUAGUAUCGAACGAAUCAAAGUUUGUUAAUUCGGCUCGACCUCGAAAUGAGAGUCCAGACAGUAGAAAAGCACGAAAAAAGGCAGUAAAAGAACAGCAAGCUGAGAAAAGGAAAAUUAAAAUAAAAAAACAUAUAAAAAAGAGGAAAGAAAAACUUUUAAAAAAGAAAUAA